AUGGCAACUGGUGUUGCCAAUCAUGCGGGAGGACACGUAAGGCCGGUGUCUGUAGUCCCACUACCGGAUACCACCUAUGUUGAGGGCGAUGGUAUAUACGGAGGUGAAUGUGGAAAAUGGGUUAAGUUCGUCAUUCGUAAGAGUGGAAGUGUGACUCGUGGAGUAAUUAAGCUUAACUUGGACUAUGCAGAGGAUGCAUACUUUCGUUCAUCCGUCUUUAUUAAUAAUAACGCUGAUGAGCGUGAUUUGCAACGUCGAGCUCCAUCUUGCCAAAAUAACAAAUUGGCAAACAACUCCGUUGCCGAUGCUUUGGAACAUAAUUUUUUAUGGGAUGUUUGUGUAGUAGACAAACAAACCUUUAACGUCAGAUAUCGGGUAACACGUAAGGGCACCUUUCUCUUACAUGUCAAGUUAGAUGGUAAUCCUAUUCCAGGUUCACCCUUUCGUAUAUAUAUAUCCGACGCAACGCCAUAUACGGCUGCAUGUCGUGUAUAUGGUAGGAAUAUUGACACCUGUUAUGCCGUGCCUUAUGUUCCGGAGAUCGUAGAGGCCAUAUUCCCAGGUUCGUUGGGUAGCGCCGAGGGUUAUGGCCCUGAGGUUGAUAAGGAUGUCUACAACAACAGUCCAAAAGGGUCAGUUGUGUCGCCUGCCAAACAAGGGUCACAAUUUUCAUUUGGAAGGUCCGAUGACAAGUUGGAUCGAGUCUUCAUUCCUGUGGCAGAGAAAACUCACGUGCCUGCAAGUAACGUAAAAGGGAAUAAACGUGGCAAAGAUGUAAGUGGUAUAUUGCAGGUUGGAUAUGAUCCUGAAUUGGGAUUGGGGGCACCUAAUCAAUCACCAUCUAGUAAAACUGACGACGACCCCUUAUAUUCGAAAUUCGGACCGUUUGGUACGGGUGUCAGUGAACAAUAUCGCAAAUCGAGUGCAUCGAAUGUUGGUAGUGCCGGACAACAAUCACGGCCACCAAUCAUCCAUUCGUCAACAACAUACGACAGUUCUUUGCUAAAGGGGUCUUCUGCAGGGUAUAAUUCGAACGAUACUUUGAAGAAAGAUGUAUCAAUGCAGGAGCCUGACAGCGGCGAGUUCCAAGACAAGCUCUCGCCAAAGAGAAGAACACGUUUACUUUGUGGCAGUGACCGGGGUACGUUGGAAGACUUGAAAAAGCGAAGGCAGCAUACCCUGAGUCAUUUGGAGCAGCGUACUCUGUUGAAUGAGAUAGAGGUUCAUCUUGCUGACGAGCAUGGUAACACUGUAACCCAUGCUUUGCCUUAUGUUCGAGCCUGGGGUGAAAACUAUGCCCGUGUCGUUGCUACAGAGUACAGAUCUGAUGGGAUUGUUGUUGUGAAGUAUAUCGUCAUCGUAUCUCGUGAGGGAUUGGUGCCAUUGAAAGAGGCACAGUCACGUGGUGGUGACUCUGUGCUUCCAAGUUCAUUGAAAGGUGGUCGUGUUCCAUGUAAAAUUAAUGUUGAGAUAAAUGGCGAGCCUGUAUUCGGUUCACCUUUUAGGCCUCAUAUAUGCAAUGUUAGUGACUUGGAGCAUUAUUACGAAUCUAAAUUAGGAACAGUUGAAUCCGUUGUUCGUAGGUUCACUACAUUGAUCCAGAAGCAUGAUUUUGACGCCUGUGAGGACCUUUACAACAGUAUAAAAUCUCCUGAGGCGAAGGACAAAUUCGUCAACAUCCUUCUCAACAAAGUAUCGGAAUUGGAAAAGGAAAAUAUAUAUGCCACUAGUGACAUCCGUUUGGUUGAGUCAUUGAAGCUGCAGAGUCUUGGUAGGCUAUUGGGUCUUGUGCAUAACCAGUACAAGAAGAUGCUUACCUACAAGACCAGUAGUAUUAUCAAUUCUAUCCGUGAGCUGAACAAUUUCGAGAAUGUGGCCAGUGAUCCAUCAGGUGGUGCUUCUGAUGUUACCAACGAGUUGCGUUCUGACAAUGCGAAGAAGUUUAACAACCUUGGUGACGUGAUAUUAAACUACCGGUUGAUUGGUGAUGAGUUGCGUAAACUCCAUCGUUAUGAGCUUGCUGAUAAAUUCGAUAGGAUUAAUGACCAGAUGUGUGAUCAGAUUGAUGUGGGUAUGUGGACCUCUAUUAUAAACCAUAAGGAGAAGCGUGUUCAGAAGUUACGUGAGGAGGUUGAUUCUGCUGCGGAGCGGUUAAGUACUUUCAAAUCAUCUAUUGAUGAACGUUAUCGUAACUUUACUCGUAAAGAUCUUGAUGAUAUGAAGCAUUUACCAGGUUUCGCAAUUGAGCAAGCGGUACAAACUGAACCAACAGAUUUGAUUACUUCCCGUUUGUCCCAUUUGGUGCGUCGUCGUUGUGUUCCAUCAUCUAGUCGCAACAGUGUCGACCAGCUUGUCGAGGGUUACUGGCGUAAAUGCAACAACUAUGACAUCCAGGCUACUGUUACCAAAGUGCUGAAAUCAAGUAUUAGAUUGAAGAACAGUAUUAGCGAGCUCUUUAUGUACUAUAGUACAACGCAUAUGCGUGAAGGUGACCGUCCUAUGUUGGGAGUUUCUCGUGCUUCAAUGGAAUUAUUUGUCCUUGAAGCUAUGCUUAACAACUAUCUAACGUCUAAUGUGAAGAAACUCGAAUGGCUUUUCGAGCGGUUCUCUAUCGAGCUUCCUCAUAAGGGUGACCCCUCAACACCUCCUCCACGUGCUAUUCCGGAGCACAUGUGGUGUGCGUAUCUGCGUGAGCUUGGUUAUCUGAACCUAUUGUAUACAAUCGCAGAAUCUGGUGACCGUGAGAUGAUGCGCGAUAAUCAGCAUCCAUCCCGUCUUGUUGCAUUUUACCAUCUUUGUAAAGAGCAUUUAGUUCCUCUUUACGAGAUGUUGUUCACAACAAAGCCUGAAUUCCAAAAAUGUCUCAAGUUCUCCAACGAGAAUGUUGAAAAGGGUUCAAAGAGUAAUAGUAAGGCAUCUAAAAAAGCGGAUGCUAUACCGUCAGAACAAUAUUUCAGAUCACGUCAGGAUAUAUUGAACUACUUCAACGUGCGUGCUUUGGAGCAUGUAUUGGAUGCUUUUGAUAUUGAUGUUUUACAGGGUGUCUUUAAACAUUACAGUCGUCUAUCUAUGUAUGGUCGUCAACCAGUUUCACGUGGUUGGUUUAACGAGACUGCAACAAUAUCGGCUGCAACAUUUGUUGUCUUUGCUCGUGAUUUUCAGAUCAUACCUGGCCAUAUGGAUGGUGAGCGUGUCCAUACUAUUGCUCGUAGUGUGGCAUAUCGUGGUCAAUCUGGAGCGAAUAAAUUGGGUUUCCGUGACUUUUUGAACGCAAUUUCACGUACGAUCGCACGUGCCGUGCUGGCGGCAUGUCUGGCGAAACAUGAUGCUUACGAACGUGAUCGUACUACGUUCAAGGAUGGUUUGGAUAAUGCUCCAAGCUGUGUUCAAUCUAAGCAAUCUGUUAAACGUGAUAUCGAAGUGAUGGUCCAGACUAUUGGUAUCUGUGAUGCUCAAUUCGUGCGACUUACAAUUGACGCCAUAUACGGUGCUGAUGCUGUGGAGCGUGAGAUCACACAUAAUCCAGUAAUUUCUGCGCCCUGGCGUCAAAAACGGCCAGCGGAAGGCUACUUGAUUUCUCUAAAUGAGAGCUUUAGGCCGGUAGAAUGUGUGCCUAAUGCCACCGCAAUAUCGCAAAAUGGGCACAGAAAGGCUCAGCUGCUGGAGACUCUCUAUAGAAGGGUGUCUUCCGGUCUGGAUUCGUUGCUCCGGGGUUUACAUAUUUUGAUGUGGAAAGGCAAGCACUUUAAGGGCUGCUUCAUACCAAGCAAGUGGAAAUGGUAUCAUCGUCACGGCUACUGGGCGACCCGUAAGAAGUUGCUGAAAUUUGACACAUAUAGGCGUCAUCGGUACCAUGAGGUACGUGGGCCGGGCAAACGACCACCAAGCAAGUGGGAAGAUGACUCCUUUUAUAAGCCUCUGAGGGACUCUAUUAAAUUUUGGUAG